AUGUCUACUGUUCCGCAAGACCCCGAGAAGGAAACGGAGAACCAGCGACUCAUCACCGAAGAAGCUUCGAUCCACGCCAGUCGACGUCGCUGGACUCGCCACCUCGGAGCCGUGGGUCGCUGGACUCGAUCAACCUUCUCCUGGCGGACCAGGGCGAGCCUGAUAGCCGUCCUCUCUCUCCCGGGAGAGCUGUUUCUCCGCAUGCUCAAGAUGCUCAUUCUCCCGCUCAUCAUCUUCAGUCUAAUUGGCCGGGCUGGGCUCGCUAGACACGAAGGUAGCUGGGAUCUGGGCUGGCGUACGGUGGCGUAUUACCUCACUACGACUGUGGUAGCGGCAGUGCUUGGACUGGUGUGGUGA